ACCGCUCGCGUGGUUGUAUUGCAGGAAGUUCGUCAAUAUGGCGGUUCAGUGUUGGCCAGAUCUCCUCAAGGCUGCCAAGAAAACCGCGUUGAUCUCAGAUGGAAAAAGAAAAGUGCACUACUUGUUUACCGAUGGUACCGAGAUGGCUGAAGAAUAUGACAUGAAGACAGAUGCACUUCUCUCACGUAGGUUGCGUUCUAAGACCAGGCUCGGAGGACAAGAAGCGUGGCAGGUGGAAGUGGGUGAAACAGGCCCGAACCUCACAGAGACAGGAGAAAUAAAAGAGAACAGCUCUAAUCCAGUGUUUAUGCGCAAAGACAACAAGACCAGUUUCCAGUGGAGGGUCCGUAAUAUACCCUACCCCAUCGAGACCUAUGAGAUCACAGUGGAACCUCAUGAGCGCUGCUGUAUCAUCCGGACCACCAACAAAAAGUACUAUAAGAAAUUCAAUCUUCCAGAUCUUGACCGUUGCCAGCUGCCUCUAGAGAGCUCGGCUUUGAGCUUCAGCCACGCCAACAACACUUUAAUCAUCAGCUAUAAGAAGCCCAAAGAGAUUCUAGGCCUGGAACAGGAGCUGAUGAGGGAACUGAAGAAACUGAAGGGGACAAAUGAAGGAGACGUGGACUGUAAAACCCAGUGAACUGGUGUGGACCCUUUGUAGUUGAUUCUUUGUAUCUUUGUAUGUUGUGAACAAAGUAAAAAGCAUCUGGAUAUGUAUAUAUAUUUUUUGUAUUUUUUCUUUUUUUCUUUUUCUUUUUUUUUGUUUGUUUUUUGCAAGAAGUGCAAGAAUUGUAUCUAAUGAAUAAAGUACAGCAUAUGACAUUUGA